CCAAAUGAAUUUCCGUCCCAAAGCAUUCUAUAAACCUCAGAGUAUUUUUAGUCCUUAAGUGUAAACCCAAGUGCUUUGUAAACCUCAAACAGGGCUUUUGAAACCAAAAAGCACCCUGUCAUCUGCAAAGUGGGCUGAAUAGGUCAGUGGGGACUGGCCAUCCUGGGGUGCUGUUUGGAGUAUGAAAGGGUCUCCUUGUUCUUCCUCCCCAGGUACCCAGGAUGGAGGAGAAGGAGGCCCUGGUGCCUAUCCGGAAGGCCAUGAACAGCUUCCAUGCAGAACUCCAUCCCCGGGUGGCCUUCUGGAUCAUGAAGCUGCCACAGCGGAGGUCCCACCAGGAUGUCCCGGAGGGUGGCCACUGGCUUAGCGAGAAGCGACACCGCCUACAGGCCAUCCGCGAUGGGCUCCGUGAGGGGACCCGUGAAGAUGUCUUAAAAGAGGGGACCCAGGGCUUCUCCCACUCCAGACUGUUCCCCCGAAAGACCCACUUAUUGUACAUCUUUAGGCCCUAUCGGCAGCUGUAGGGGUGGGGACCAGGGAGCACCUCCCUGUAGCCCCCAUCAGACCCCACCCCAAGCACCAUAUGGAAAUAAAAGUUCUUACUUACAUCUAA